ACCCCAGAGGUUUCCAGCUUGCCCAGCGCAGCACCCCGCAGGCCCAAGCUUUCCCCGGGGAAUUCCGGGCGGUGCGGGCGAGCACUGGGGGCGGGGCAGGGCUGCGGUCUAUAAGAAGGGCUGCGCGCCCGCUCUGGGCCACUGGUUUGUGCUGUUCGAACGAUGGCGCCUGCUUGCCUACUUGCGCCGCUGCUGCUGCUGCUCCUCGGCGGCUUCCCCGUCGUCCCCGGAGAGUCGAUUCGAGAGACUGAGGUCAUAGACCCCCAGGACCUCCUGGGAGGCAGAUACUUCUCUGGAGCUCUCCCGGAUGAUGAAGAUGCUGGGGGCCUCGAGCAGGACUCUGAUGACUUUGAGCUAUCGGGUUCCGGAGAUCUCGAUGACACAGAAGAGCCCAGGAACUUCCCUGAUGUGAUUCAACCCUUGGUGCCACUGGAUAACCAUAUCCCCGAGAAUGCACAGCCUGGCAUUCGUGUCCCCUCGGAGCCCAAGGAACUGGAAGAGAAUGAGGUCAUUCUCAAAAGGGUCCCCUCCGAUGGGGAUGACGUAUCCAACAAAGUGUCCAUGUCCAGCACUGCCCAGGGCAGCAACAUCUUUGAGAGAACUGAGGUCUUGGCAGCUCUGAUCGUGGGCGGCGUGGUAGGCAUCCUCUUCGCCGUCUUCCUGAUCCUGCUGCUGGUGUACCGUAUGAAGAAGAAGGAUGAAGGCAGUUACGACUUGGGCAAGAAACCCAUCUACAAAAAAGCCCCCACCAACGAGUUCUACGCAUGAAGCUUCUUCCCAGGAGUCCUGCUUGGACUUCAUGGAGAGAAGAAUGGAGGAUUGUGGACUGUGGACAUUGGCAGAGCGCGGGCACCUUAAUACUGACUUGUCAGUGUCACCAUUUCUAGUCACCUUUCUGGUGUCAGGAGAGAUAUGAUCUUCCACUGUGCUGCCUCAGAGAGAGGGGGAGACAGAGGGAGAGAAGGGGUGGAGGGUGGGGAGGAGAGAGAGAGAGAGAGAGAGAGAGAGUGAGUCUCAGAGAGAGAGUCUGUCUGUGUGUGUCUGUGUGUUUCUCAGUGUGUCUCAGUUGCCCUGGCAGAAAAAUGGGGUUAAACUUGCCCUUUCUGAAAGGAAGCCUGGAAUUGGCUCUUUUUUAAAAUUCGUUCCAAAUUUCCAGAAUAGAAUGUAGGACUAGUUUAGAUCCUGUAGUGAACAUGUCUCAUCUGUGACUCCCUUGACUCUAGAGGCAAGGGGUUACUGUGUGAAUCCCAGCUCCCUUCCACAUGCUGUGUAAACCCUAUCUGUCAGAAGCUAGGGCAAGGAGCCAGAACCGGCUGUACCUUGAGAAGUGUCCACCAUGGGAGCUUGUUCAUGCUACAGUGUCUCUGGUGUACCUUGGGGGAAUUCUAGGCUCAGUGACUGAAAAUUCAACUUUUUUUUUUUUUUUUGAAAUGCAGGGAGGGUGGGGUGAAGUGCUGAAAGCUCACGCAGAAGUGCAUUUGUAGAUGUGUAAAAAGUUUUUUCAUGGUUCAUUCCUUUAUGCAAGCCUGGGAUGAGUAUGGGGAUGUACAGAUGUUCUAUCUAGAACAUUUCCAUUGCAACAGCUGGGUUUGUGUUUCAUGGUUUUUUAUGUUUUGUUUGUUUUUUUUGAAAAUGAGAGAAGAGUUGGAGAUACGAUUUUUAUGAUUUUUUUUUUUUUUUUUUUUUUACUAUUUAUAGCUUCAGACAGGGCUGCUCUUCUUCAUCUUCCUUUCUUUACUGUCCCCCACUAUUUUUUCUUUUUUAAUGCUCUGUGCCUUGUUUUUGACUCUGGCCCUUUCUGAAGUUGCUUUAUCUUAAGAAGUAGCUACAGUGUUCUAGCAGAUUCCAGAAUAUAAUGUUAGGGGAUAGCGGGAUAUUUGUGUUCUUGUAAUAUAUAUUAUCCUUCCUUGGUUCUAGAAGAAUAAAUAUAUUUUUUUAGGCUAUAGAAUGGUAUUACAGGUCUUCAUGUUGGCUGGGUGGUUUGUGAGUGAGUUUUCAUGUGUCUGAGAGGCUGUUGCCCUGUACCUGGUGCCUUCCUGCGAUUGGGCUGGAGUCGUUGACAGUACCUGACUCUUAACCCUUACUGUGCCUUCUGCUGGGGGUCCUCAGCAGAGGAGCUCCUGGUUCUGCUUUGUCCAGGCUCUUUAGAUACACGAUCCAAUACAGUGACCUCGUGUGGCUGUCUAAAUCAGUUCACUUCAGACUAUGUGAUUGGAAAUCAUUCCUCAGUUGCACAAGCCACACAAUUUAAACCCUCAGUCACCGUCCCCCAGGCACCGAGAUUUAAGCUGGUUUUAGCAGGUUACCGAUAAGCUUUGCUUGUCUCCCCUGGCAAGAGAAGGGGACCAGAAGGAAGGUGAUGAGACUCUAGGGACUCCUGUCAUCUGGGACUCUUCCUCUUACAGAGGAGAGACCUAGUAGCUUAAAAGGCCUGGGGUGUUUGGGGAGAUCAUACCACUCUCUUAACCAUGCCCUGUGACUGUAAGGAAGGCCCACAUCACCACCUCCUGCAGGGGCCUAGCUGGCUGGGUCCUCUUCUAGCCUUGGUGCCUGCUACUUUUCUGUACCCCUCACACUGUCGUCUGUUACUGAUUUUUUUUGAUAAGAUAAUAAAACCUGGUACUUUCUAGAUCGCCA